ACCUCCUGGAGAAAGAGGGACCUGCGCAGCUCUCUUCGGGAGACCAACGGCGGAGCGUUCACCUGUGUCCGACAGCUCUCCGGGACCGGAGGCCCCAGUCUCUGCGAGCCCAGAUGCCCAUCCAGCCUUCAGGCAAAGAAACAGAAGAGAUGGAGGCAGAAGGCGAUUCAGCAGCUGAGAUGAAUGGGGAGGCAGAUGAGAGUGAGGAGGAACGGAGCGGCAGCCAGACUGAGUCAGAGGAGGAGAGCUCAGAGAUGGAUGACGAGGACUAUGAGCGGCGCCGCAGUGAGUGUGUCAGUGAGAUGCUGGACCUGGAAAAGCAGUUCUCGGAGCUGAAGGAGAAGUUGUUCAGGGAACGGCUGAGCCAGCUGCGAUUACGACUGGAGGAAGUGGGGGCCGAGAGAGCCCCAGAAUAUACAGAGCCUCUUGGAGGGCUGCAGCAGAGCCUAAAGAUUCGUAUUCAGGUGGCAGGGAUCUACAAGGGCUUCUGUCUGGAUGUGAUCAGGAAUAAGUAUGAAUGUGAACUACAGGGAGCCAAACAACACCUCGAGAGUGAGAAGCUGCUGCUGUAUGACACACUGCUUGGGGAACUGCAGGAGCGGAUCCAGAGGCUGGAGGAGGACAGACAGAGCCUGGACAUCAGCUCUGAGUGGUGGGACGACAAACUACAUAGCAGGGGCAGUUCGAAGACCUGGGACUCGGUGCCACCCAGCAAGAGGAAGAAGGCACCACUCGUUUCUGGCCCAUACAUUGUGUACAUGCUGCAGGAGAUCGACAUCCUGGAAGACUGGACAGCCAUCAAAAAGGCCAGGGCAGCAGUGUCCCCUCAGAAGAGAAAAGCAGAUGGACCCUGACCCUGCAUUUACACUCGGAGGGUCCUUGGGGCAGCUGGUACCGCACACAGGAUUAACGUUUCUCUGCAAAGGCAGGGGGUUACCUACCUGGCCUGGACUCCUCUGCUCUCCUUGGGAUCUGUAUAACCGGCCCUGACGCUGACCUGGCCAAGCAAGACCAUUGUCUCCAUCCCUGACCAGCCCACCCCUCCCCAAAGAGUAACUUCCUCAGCGUCCCCCACAAGAAGACAGGCCUCAUCCAGAGUCAAAACAGCAACCCUCCUGACUAAACCCUGGUCCUCGGCCACUGAGCCAUGAGCCAGGCCCAGCUGCAGGAGGGACUCCUGCCAGAGACAUGUUGGGUCUUGCCCAUCCUAACUGCCACUGGGGAGUUGUCUUCCCAGGCUUUCUCAGGGCCAUUCCUGGUGUCUGCCUCUCAGAUUCCAAAGACUGGAAUAAAAUUUGACCUGG